CGGGCGCAAUGCAUUGUGGGUGCCGGUGGAAACAGAAACCAAAUAGCUGCUCUGUUACGGUUUCACUUGUUUUGAACUGCACGCUGAAAGCUCAACCCUUGAAUCUUUGACACAGCCAUGUCUUCAACAUCCCAAAAACAUAAGGAGUUCGUGGCUGAGCCCAUGGGAGAGAAACCUGUGAUGGCUCUAGCCGGCAUCGGAGAAGUCCUUGGGGGGAAGCUGGAGGAAAAGGGUUUUGAUAAGGCCUACGUUGUCCUUGGGCAGUUCCUCGUUCUGAAGAAAGAUGAGGAGCUUUUCCGGGACUGGCUCAAAGACACAUGUGGAGCAAACGCCAAGCAGCAGCGCGACUGCUAUGGCUGUCUUAAGGAAUGGUGCGACGCCUUCCUAUAAGCCCCGUUACCAAUCAUGUUGUUUUUCUAACUUGUGAGGUCUGAAAUGUACAUUACCUCUUCAGCAGUCAGUUCAGUCACAAGUAUUCAGUAGUUUUCACAAAAUAAGUAAAGUGACAUGCGCUCUUUAAAAUGCCAUUCAUUCAGAUUAGAGCUCAUUAUUUCAUGACUUUUCUCAUUAAGCUUGUAAGCCAUACAAUAAUGGCAGCUUGCGAUGUCUACUCACUGGUAAUUUUCUUAUUAUGCAAAACUAAUGGAUAAAUUUCAGCUGUAAAGAGCAGAACACCGACUUUUUCUCCUUUUGCUUGUGGGCUACUAAUAAGUCAGGUUGCAUCUGUGCUAGUUUUGCCCUAGCUAGGACCUUUUAAAUGUUAUCACAACUGUGUUUUAUAAUUAUCUGAAUAAAAGAUCUGUUUAUGAAUGUCGACCUUUAGCCUGAUCACUUGGCUCUGAUAUUCCCAAAUGUAAAUUCAACCGAUAAUCUGCUGUUUUACGCUUUAUAUUCUCACAUCUAAUAGCCAAAAAAAAAAGCUUUGCUUUUACUAGUUCAGUAAAGGUUUAGGGUUCAUUUUAGAUGUCAUUUUGCCUCUACUGUUCAGGAAACUAUCUCUAUUCACCUCCAAUUCUCAGCAUACUCGUUCCAUUUUCUUACCAACGUUGUGCUGUAAUCCACUGCAGACUGCGUCGAGUUUAAGGGGUUUUUGCAGAGGAUGUAGCAUUUUGCUGAGAAUAAAACGGAUCCUUCUUAUUGUAGUAAUGUAGAAAAUACGUGUAGAAGCUGCUGUUCCUGGAUAUGAAGGAACAACAUCACCAUUAGACUACACUGGAUCUGACUUAAGGUCUCUCUCUGGAGCUGAAGAUGGGAAUGUACAUGGUUAAAGACGCCGAUGCAACAAACCUAGAUGCUGUUGAGAUGUAAGCUACAUUACCAGACUUCUAAAUAAAGUGUGUUGCUGUGCUUUUUAGUGUUUAUUCACAUCCGCUUUCACGUUUCAUCUGUAUAUGGAAUCAUCAAAUGCCUUAAAGCGUGCUGUUGUAUUUAAAUCUGAUAACACCCUUGUUCUAUCUAAUCUGUAUCAUGAGCAGCUUUGACCGUAGUCACUGCAGUUCCUCUGUUAAAGAAACACUGGCCCACGUGUUUUCAUCCGAACUGUGAAAACGUCCGCUUUUCUAUUGUGUUUAUUAUAAAACAAUAAACUGCACGUGUCACAUUCAA